AUGCCUCCAAAGCGUAAGAACAGUUUCAUCGAAUCCUUCAUCGCUUUUGCUGAGAGGAAACAGGUCGAACUCGCGACGACGACGCGUCUGGAUCGGAAGACAACUCCGACUUCUCUCCAGCUCCCACGAAGCGCGCUCGUGUCAGCAAGAAAUGUUCAGCUGUCAGCGCUUCAACAGAGCGGCAGCGGUUCCAGUUCCGGUGAGAUCUGGAGCGAAGAGAAAAUCGUCGAGCGCGCAAAGAAGACCAAAGAUGUGUGUGCAACAGAAAUCAAGAAGCAGAUGAAGUGGCAGCCAAGCUGCAAGAAAGGAAGUACAAAAUGGAGCUACACUGGUAUCGUGCCACACGAGGAUGUCUUCUACAAGCUUUUUGGGUUCGAGAAGCCGAAAAAACCAUGGAAGCAGAAGAAGAUCGACAUGGUCGACUUCGAAAACAGUAUCGGUGAUAUCAGUGCUUCGGUAAGUCUCAUACAGCUGCUCCUCAAAGCAAAGCAUGCUGAUUUUGGUUCANNGAUCAGAUACGGCUCCCUGAGACUGACAGGCGAUGGUGUCAAAGUCAACUGGGACCAAGACGAGAAGACCUUCAAGUUGACCGGAACUUAUGGCUUGUGA